AUGUCGGCUGUCCCACCAGACUACGCGCAGAGGACGCUGGCCGCGCUAGUCGCACGUGAACCGCACCUCCAGACCUGGCGAGACAGUCUUGAUGUCGAGGAGAUCCAGCAGGCGCUGGCGCGGGGCGGGCGAAACGCUGUACAAGACUUUGUCAUCUCUGUCGCCCUUUUGAGGAUUGCAGGGUCUCCGUCAUCCAUCGUCAAGCGUGGUGAACCGGUCCUGCCGAACACGCACGACCUGGUGGCAGCCAUCGAAGCUAGGCGUCUCCUGAUCUUCAACCUCCCUGCCGCCUUCGUUCAGCACGCCAUCCAGACGAUCCAACGCGGCUUCGAGGCGCAAGCGCGCAAAGCCAACGCCACGAAUGCGUCCGCGCUGUGGGCUCUGAGCAACGCGGCCGUCAACCCCGAGCUGUGGAUGCUCAGCGAGGCUGCCAAUGCUGGGCAGCAGCACUCGCUCCUCAAGCCGUCGAUCGGGCGUCGAGUCGCGAGGAUGCACGGAACGACGAAGGAGGACUGGGAGAGGCGCGCGAGGGCUUUCUGA